CAAGGCGCACUCCAGCUUCAGUUCAGGUCACAGGUGAUGGACGGUCUUCCUCCAGCUAUUAGUUCCUGCUUUUCUUUUGCUCUUUCCCCAGAGUGCCUACGAGGCGAGGAGGCAGCUUAAACCCAAGGCGGGCCAGGCUUCGGGUGGAGUUAUGUGAACCAGAUCUCCUGGAGCAUCGAGCACCACUGACUUCCCUAUUUUGCCAUGGCUAAAUUAGAGACCCUCUCUGUCCUUAGUGACCCCAGCUAUCACAGCCAGGAAACGUUCCAUGCUUUCCACCCCAGAACCUCUGAAUCCACCUCUCAGAGCAGUAUGGGAAGUGUGGGCAGCGGUGCCCCGCAUGAACAAGAAUUUGCCAUGAAGAGCGUGGGCACCAGGACUCAGAACAGUAGCCAGCAGCUUGAUGGAACCCGGAAUAGCUACUCUACACGGGAGAUCUCAACCCGUUAUUCUGGGGAGGAGAAGACCUGUAAGUCGGAAAAGAUCUCCAAUUCCAUCUACAUCAACGGGGACUUACGCAAGAGUGAGAAGGGAAAGACUGACCUUUGUGGGAAUGUGGCAGCAAACAAUGAGAAGAAUAUGCCUCCACCACCACCCCAGUACAGAGAACCCAAUAACCCACCAAAGAUAUUGCCAGUCUCUGGUAAACUAGACCAGAAUACUGAGCCCUUAGUUAGACCUUCAGCCUUUAAACCAGUAGUUCCUAAAAACUUCCAUUCCAUGCAGAAUCUGUGCCCACCACAGAACAAUGGAAUCACAGAGAACCGAAAGACUAUGAACCACACUAACAGCAAUAGUCCCUCCACUGUCAAAAGUGGUCUUGAGAAGCCCAGCCUUAACAGGACUACCAACCAAGGAGGUGGCCUUUCUGAUUCUGGCCGCAACUCUUUAACCAGCUUGCCCACCUAUGGCACAGGCUAUAGCCAGCAUGUUGGUCCAAUGAGUGCUUCAACUAGUCACAUCAACCGCAUUGGGACAACCUAUGCUGACAAGAACAUUGUGGGAUACAAUGGGAUAUCUACCUCAGACAGUGGACGGUCUUCCAGUAAGAGCACUUCUUCGUUUAGUAGACUCAACCAUCUCAAUGAAACAAUGCCUUUCCACUCUCCUUCCACGGACGACAUUAUUCAAGACUUGGAGAACAGAUUGUGGGAAAAGGAACAGGAAGUUCUCCAAAUGAGGAGAAACCUUGACAAGAGUGAGGCAGCUAUUUACCAGGUCUUCGAGGAGAAACAAAAGAUCUGGGAGCGUGAGAUGGAAGAACUUCGGCAAAACUAUGCCAAUAAGCUGCAGCAAGUCUCCAAGAAAGCCCAAAGGGCUCAACAGGCUCUUCAGCUCCAGAUCUUUAAGCUCCAGCAAGAGAAGAAGAAGCUCCAAGAUGAUGUAGCUCAACUUCUUCAACAACGGGAAGAGCUGGAGAAGAAGUUUGUUGCUUUCAAAAAAGAGCAGGCUGAGUUUCUUCCCAAAAUUGAAGAGACCAGAUGGGAGGUGUGCCAAAAGGCAGGUGAGAUAUCCCUGCUGAAGCAACAGUUGAAGGAUUCUCAAGCUGAUGUCUCCCAGAAGCUGAAUGAGAUUGUUGGGCUACGUACCCAACUCAAAGAAGGCAAGAGCUUCCUAAGGGAGAAGGAAGAACAGAUCUUGACUUUGAAAGACUCCUACAGCACCAAAAGUGUCAGCCUGGACAUCUGUGAGAACGAGCUGCAGCGUAAGAUGGCUGAGGUGCAGAUGUUGAGGGAGAAGCUUAGCCAGUGUGAGCUGGAGGUCUCCAAUCUGAAGCAGACCUUGACACAUCUGGGAGGUCACCAGAACCACGUAACUACUGAACUCCCUGAGAAGCUUGCGAGGGACGCCUUGGCCUGUGAGAGUGAUGAGGCCAAGAUGAAACGACAAAGUGAGGAGAGUCUCAAUGCCCUGAAAAGAGAAGUGGAGAGGGUCCAGGCAGAGUUGAAAGCAGAGCGCCAGUUACGGGAGCAACAAGUUUUGGACUUUGAGGGGGAACGUUGCACGUGGCAAGAGGAGAAAGAGAAAGUCAUUAAGUACCAGAAGCAACUGCAGUUGAACUAUGUAGAGAUGUAUCAGAAGAACCAACUUCUGGAGCACAAGGUGAAUGAAAUGACCAGCAAGGCCACCAGUCUGUCCCACACGGAUGAGAAGAAAACAUGGACUCCGUCCAGAUUGGAAAGGAUAGAGUCCACAGAAAUCUGAGGAAAGAAUCAAGGCAUUUAAAGUACAUUUUUCUAAUUACGGUGCCUGUAUUUCAGCCGGAGAUCUUCCCAAGGAGAAAAUGCUACAUAACCAGCAGCAUAAGUCUUUGCACUUGGCCCCUCAAACAUACUUUGGUGCUCUACAGAUUACUUUUAGGGGGGUGGGGAAAGCCACAGGUGUGCUUUUGUAUUCUGGGGAUGAUUUGACAUCAGGAGUACUUGUAUGUUGUUGUGUGCACUUUUCUUUGAUGUGGUUUCUGUUAUUACUCCAUUAACAAACGUACUACAAUCUCUGCUCCCUUCUCCCUCCUCAACAGUCUUCCUAUGGCAUUUUCAGCUCUGUUGGAGAGCAGAGUUGAACCUCUGAAGUCACGGCACGUGGGAUUUUUCCUCCCUGUUGCAUCUCCUACGGCUUUUCUGCCCCACCCACCCCUUUAUCCUUUCCUCCCCCCUGUGAAACUCUAACUUCCAUCAUUCCAGGAGGAGGCUGUGAGUGUCUCUCCCAAAGAAUGCCUUGGUGCUCUGAGGAAACUACAAUCCCCAAGGUUUGUUGAGAGGAACCAUACCUGUUGAACAGUUUAAAAGUGGUAUAAAACUGUAGUGUGCCUCAAAAGCCAUUUUUCCACAUGUCAGAAAAUCAGGAACACCAUUUGGACCCCAUUCAGAGUGAUCUUGGGUAUGUUUAUUUGGAAGUAACUCUGACUCAACCGUCAAUGGAGCUUGAAAUAAAUAAGUUGUGCUCAGUCAACCUGGCACUAUCACAUAGCUGUGGGUUUUGCUAGGGUCCUGUAGACAAAAGGGGGAGCUAGUGAGAAGUCUGUGAGUACAGGGGGUAUCGUGGUAUCCUAAAGGUUGUAGCUGUUGUGUAAUCAGCUCUCUUCAGUAUCAAGCUCCUAAUUUCCUGAUGGGAAGAUCUUCAUUGCAGGUGAAGGGUGUUGAUCAGACUUGGUGUCCCCGUGGCCCACUUUCAGACUGAGGAGCCUUUAAGAUUCUCCACUGCACUCUUAUUUUUCUUUUCUUGAGGUCCACCAAGCGUGGAACAGAACUAUGGAAGGAAGAUUUUGGGGUAAGCAAGAAGAAAGAGGGGAUAAAAGAAACAGAGGCUCUGUGAUUCAGCAAAUGAGGUGGGCAACAUUUAGGUCUAAUUGAUAACAGGUUGACAGAUGUUCUUGGAGUCCAAUACUGGCUAGUGGGUGAUAGGCUGAGCAUCUAGGUGGAGAAGAUAAACUAGAUUGUUGCACAGUUUUUCUCAGAUAUCAUGGUUGAGCAGAGAGAUGCUGGAAUUAGAGAUGACAACUUUAUAGAGAAGGCUGGUUUUUAUCACGUGUUUUCUCUGUUUGUAUAGAAAGCAGGAGGAGGUGUCUGUUUUUUGCACCAAAAUGAGAUCACUUCUGUCUCCCUGCCUUAUCUUCUGUGGCUUUCUAAGCCCUUUCCUUCCCAAUCCGGAUUAUUUUUAAUGCCAACGCACAGCCGGGAGAAGAGUGGAAAAGUUAAGGGGAGGUAAAAUGAAGAGGCUUCUGGCUUGUGUCAAAAAUAAGUAAGUACCAGCUUUAACCUAUCAAAAGACUCGGCCAGGCAGGGGGAUCUCAGACUUAAGAAAGGCAGCCCACCCAGUCAACCAGGUAGAGGAGUUGUAGCAGGACCCAUGACUUCAACUUGAUGGUAUGGAUCAAGACAUACUCAGGGCCAAGAUUAGAGUUGUGGCCAUCUUGGGAUCCCUUUGCAGCAGGUCCAGGGAUUCAGGCAUGGGUCUUCCCCGACCUCCCUUUUUCAAACUCAAGUCUUUUUCGAUGCAAAGCCAAUCUCAGUUCUGAGCCAUGAUCCUUUUCUAGAUCAACAUUUUUCUGCUCUGAAGGGUGCCUUUGGCCUAACUCAGAGCAGAACCCCCCCAAAGCACUGGAUGAUUUUAAUUUAAUUUGCAUUUAAAUUUGUCUAAAUUUAAAGACAACUGUUAUCCCAUGUGACUCUCCUGUCGUGUGUUUAUUAAUUUCCCCCUUUUAUCAGAUUAAAACUUAUAACUGUGCCCCAACUUUGGAGGUCUCUGUGCACUACUGCCAUCUAUCCAUCCUGUUAUUACCAUUUAAUGCUUCUCACCUUUUACAACCAAGACCUUUCCAUCCAACAUCCCAGAAGUCACCGAUCUGUGGCAGUUUUAGAUUUCCUGUUCUUAAGCCUGAGGUUUUCUUUGGUUAGCAAGUCAGUGAGAUUUUCUCAGUUUUUCUACAGGCCCCCCAUGGACCUUCACAUCUAUCCAACGUUAUGGAAGGAAUGCAUGCUACAUGAGUCCUAUAGAUAUGAGAUGAAACUCAGAUUACUUACAAGUUGCUAGGGCAGCUGGUUGAGGCUAAUGUGCUGGCUUGCUAGCCUUGUGUUCUGUAAGAAGGAAGGGAGGGAAUGAGAAUGAUAGUUCUCCAGUAGUUUUGCUAGAUUACAGAAGGCAAGGUAGGUGUACUAUUAAGCUAAUUACAUUUGCUUCCCAACUUGCCAAGGAGAGCCCAUAGAAACAUCAAAACUGUGGUACAGGCCAUCUGCUUGCAGCCUUCUGACAGGAUUCAGAAGACGUUUCCAGGAGAAGCAGAAUCUGAAGGCAACAGCCUCCUUGUAUUUCUGCAGAUUCCAAUCAGUAUUCAAGUUCCAUCAGCAAUUAGAACUAAUAGAUCUUUGGUUCACACCCCCUUCGUAACCUAUUUAAACCAAGGCUAUCAUAUCUAUUGACUCGGGCAUUGCGUGAGGAAGUCUUUCCAUGUUAACUGCCCUGCCUCCAAUGCCAGUCAGAUUUCCUAGGACUUAAAAAGUUAGGUUCAGACUUCUAGUGUUAUGGGGGAAGGAGAAAUGCUUCUCUCUUCAUCCCUCGGAGAAAUGAUUUUUAACAUAAAACUCUUGACAAAAUCACAACGUCUUGUUCCCACGUUCUGUGUGUACUUGGAUCAACAAAGUUUUUUUUGGUGACUCUAAAGGCCCUGUCAGGUCUUUUCGUAAACACUGACUUGUCUUGCUCGAGGGAAGACAUUUAUUAGAUUUUUUUUUAAUGGCACUUUUUUUGUACCUCGCCUGGUAAGAGAAAACAAAGAAUAUAUAAUAUAUAUACUGUCUUAGAUUUAAAACAGAUGAUUUACCAAUCUUUAAUUGAGUGCAGAACCUACUAUCUGAGACCAUGGCAAGCCAAUUGUCAGCUUGCCUGUAAGUGAAAGUGAUUAUUAACGGAAAUGCGAAGAAAAUAAUUUACUGAUAUGCUGCUAAAUUAUACAGAAGCAAGUGUACUUGGAUGUAAAUACUUUCUGUAUCUGUUUAUGUGAUGAUUAAAGCAAAACACGUGUACAAAGAGGGAGAAAAAAAAUCUCUGUUAGUAACUAAGUUUUGCAGUAAGAGCAGACUUCUUUGUCUAGAAUGGAGUUUUGGGCUGUAAGAGAACAUCUUGGAGAGUUCUCAACAAGCGGUUCAUACGGUACCGAAGUCAUUCUGGAUUUCUCCAGGAUUACAACAAGCUGUCUUAUUUUGUGUACGUUUUGUCUCUGGGUUCAUGAUCUCGUUGGGGUUUAAACUCUUUGGAAAUGUUGGGAUAUGACAGGCUUCCCAACAGGGCACCUUUGAGGUGUGUUGGGAGGCCAGCUCCCAGAAUUCAUAGCUUCUGUGGGAUUUGGGGAGUUGUAGGCCAGCUCCAUCUGGAAGAAGCCAGGUGAGGUCAGCUGGUGAACUUUGGUUGGAUUUUGACUUGAAUCAGAGCUCAUUCAAAGAGGCCCGGCCAGCCUGGUCAUCUCUACCUUUGAGGCAGCCAUGCCUUGAUAAAAGUUCUUGAGAAGGUAGAACUUCUCGUAGGGGUGUUGCUAACUGGCACAGCCAAAAAGAAAUUACUCUUCUGUUGAAACAGCACUUUAUGAUGUUUGCUUCCAAUCCCUGAUCAUUGUGACCAGAGAACUGAUGGGAGAACGCUUUGGCAUGCAUUCAAAACCGUGGUCUUUUUUUAAAUAGGGCAUUAGAGACUGGGCAGUUCUAAAAUGUAACUGUGGUACAAAGAGCAGGUGCAAUUGCUCUCUCACUCUCUGAAUAAGAAGAACUUAUGAAUAGAGGGCAGAGUUUCUAACCUACGUGUCCUGGGGAAAAAUAUAGCUCACUUCAUUUUGGGUUGCGUGUGUUUUCUCCUGUGUUCUCUGUGAUUUUGGCAGAAGCGGCUGCACAUUUUCAUCUUUGUAUACAUGAGGACUAGUCACAUGCUCUUUUUCAAAGAAAAACCUGAGAUUCUCAGGUAGCAGAUGCCACCCUGGAUCAGUCAGCAUCACUUGUCAACAGCCACCCAUCCAAUCAGAUGUUGUAACCCAGUGUUGUCCAAAC